AUUUUCUAGAACAUAAACCUUAAACCCCACGAACUCAACUAAACCCUCUGCAUUUUUCAGUUGCUUGUUGGAUCCAACUCCAACUAUAAACAUUUAACUCUUUGGAGUAAUUGAUAAAGUUGCUGCCACGUGACCUGGAGGUCACGAGUUCAAGUUUUGGAAAUAGCCUCAGACAGAAAUGCAAGGACGCAAAUCGAAUGGCUUAUAGGCGAAGCUUGACAACGAGAGCUAAGUUUCUUUAUCAGCAAAAAGGAGUUUCUCCAGCAAUAUUUUAUUGCCACAAUGAUGAUCGUAAAAACCACGAAUUACCCAGUCGUGAAAAUCCAAGAAUUCCCAGUUUUUUCCAACCCCAUUAUGUCAGAAGUGGAAUUAACAGUUUUACUGGCUCUAGAAACCCGUUUCAAGAUUGGAGAUUUUGUGCUCCACACCUCAUGAUUCCGAUGAAUUCGGGGUCUAUGUUUACCAGGAAUAUGUCUAGUAGUGUUGGCGGAGGAGCAGAGAAGAUAGAGUACAUCAGUGAGGUUGCUGAGCUUGCCGAUAAGGCAGUUGAGGCUGUAGCUUCUCAAGUUCCAGCAGUGAAUGAGGUGGCAAUUGCUGCUGCGGACUCGUUUUUGCCAGUGCAGGCAUUGCAGUACUUGAUCGAUUACGUUCAUAUUUUUACCGGGCUUGAUUGGUGGGCAUCAAUCAUCGCAACAACGAUUCUUAUUCGAUGUAUAACUCUUCCAUUAAUGAUUAAUCAGCUCAAAGCUACUUCGAAAUUCGCGAUUUUGAAGCCAAAGUUGGAUGCAAUUAACGAAGAGAUGCAAAAUCGGGGUAUGGCUCCGGCAGCUGUGGCUGAAGGUCAACAAAAAAUGCAGGCGGCUAUGAAGCAACAUGGAGUUACACCGUUCACUCCCUUAAAAGGAAUUAUAAUACAAGGGCCAGUCUUCGUCAGUUUCUUUAUGGCCAUUUCAAAUAUGGUGGAAAAGGUCCCUUCUUUCAGACAAGGGGGAGUUUUAUGGUUUACUGAUUUAACCGUUCCGGAUAGCAUGUACAUCUUCCCAAUUUUGACGGCAUUGACUUUCUGGAUAACGGUGGAGUGCAAUGCUCAAGAAGGAUUGGAAGGAAAUCCUUCAGCUAAAACUAUAAAAAACGUCUCACGGGCCUUCGCUGCGUUAACUAUCCCAUUUACUGCUGGUUUUCCUAAGGCAGUAUUCUGCUAUUGGAUGACCUCGAAUAUAUUUUCGCUCUCAUAUGGAUUAGUGGUUAAAAAUCCCGCGGUUAAGAAGUUUCUUGGCGUUCCUAUAGUACCGGUCACUCCUCCAUCUGAACAAAAACCGGGACUCCCAUUUUUCGAAACUCUCAAGAAAUACGCUGCCGCUCAAAAGCAAUUAGCAGCACAACAGCACACUCAAUCAUCACCUGCCGUGGCAUCAAAACCUGCUAGUCAAGUAAUAUCAUCAUCAUCGUCAUUAUCAUCAUCAUCGUCUGUUCUUGGUAAACGGAUUGCAAGCUUAGAGAAACAGGUAAAAAGAAGAAAGAACAACAAGAAGAGGCGAUGAACGUCCUUGAUUGAAGGAGAAAAGUUCGUCGAGCAGAUCGCUAACUAUUGGUCAUUGAUGCCGCGUAUACACAAUUCGGACAGAAGCUCAUUUUUUUCCCAGAAGUUUAUAGAGGGAUUCAUAGAUAUACCAUCAGGAACAUACAUGUUUUUUUGGUUUUCUUUCGUCUUUCAUACGAAUAUAGGUAUUCAUGAAAGAUCAUUCGUUGAGAAAUUUGUAACGAUGAGCAGAAUGCUGCAGCACUCGAAGCAUAGUUGCUGUAAUAAGUAAAUUCCAUCGCGUUUCAAUUCUUCAGUAAUUUGUUGAAACUUGUUUCUGUUA